UGGUAAAGCAUUCUUUCAAGCUCCGCCCUGUUCGAAGGAGCUUCGUUAUUUUUGGCUGUUUAAAAGCGACUUGGAUAUGUUUUCAGUGGUUGAGCUGAAAUAUUUUGGAGACCAACGAGCAACAUUUAAAAUCUUAAAACCAUGGUGGGAUGUCUUCACGGAUUAUUUAACUAUUUUGAUGCUGAUGGUUGCAGUUUUUGGAGGCACGUUACAGAUAUCAACAGACAAGAUAAUCUGCGUACCUGUGCCAGAAGGCUUCCUAAUGGCCACCAUGCAAUGGAAUCAAAGUGCUCUUAAAGGUCGUAAAUUGAAUAGUUUUGAUUCAGGAUUUAAGACUGAUCUAGACCGUGAACAGUACAAUCUAAUGGAUCAGUAUUGUUACGACAAUGCAAUUCAGUGGUAUUCCAAGUAUUUCCCUUACAUAGCUAUCCUCCACACACUGAUAUUUUUGAUAAGCAGUAACUUCUGGUUCAAAUUUCCAGGAACAAGUUCCAAAAUUGAACAUUUCAUAUCAAUCCUCGGAAAGUGUUUCGAUUCCCAAUGGACGACCAAGGCACUUUCAGAAACUGUUUACGAGGAUUCUGACCUACAGAUACCACAAAGAACAGUUUUAUCAGGUGAACCGUCUGUCACGUGUUCUUUAAACCUGCAGCAAUCUUCUGAUACAGUCCACUUACUGGGACACAAUGAAAGCAGUAAUGACAGAAUAUGUGAGAAUGAACCACAAGCGUCUUUGUGCAAGCCCCCAUCCAAGACUUUCAAGACGGUCGGGGGCGGUGUUUAUGGUCAUGCGGCCGUGAAAAUCUUGGACAAAAAGGAAGGAGAACAAGCGAAGGCAUUGUUUGAAAAGGUCAAGAAGUUCCGUCUUCACACUGAGGAAGGCCAUAUUCUUUACAUGAUGUACAUAAGGCAAACUAUUUUACGAUCUAUCCAAACAAUUCUCAUUCUGGCCUACUUUAUAACACGGAUUCCUCAAAUGAAGCAUAUAGUCCACUGCGUAGAUCGAAUCCAUAUUACAGGUUUCACAGAAUUUUUCUGCAUCCAUGGCCUUUGGAGGAUAUUCAGGAUGUUGUCUAUCGUGUAUGUUGUGGUCAUAUUCAUUUACUGCAUAACAUGCAUCUACACACUCUACUGGAUCUUUUACUUUAAACUUAAGGAAUAUUCAUUUGCGUAUGUCCGAGAGGAAACUGGGAUUGAUGACAUUCCAGAUGUGAAAAACGACUUUGCGUUUUUACUGCAUCUUAUUGACCAAUAUGACAAGUUGUACGCCAGGAAGUUUGCUGUGUUUCUGUCUGAUGUUAGUGAAAACAAACUCCGUCAACUAAAUUUGAGUUAUGAAUGGACACACGAAAAGCUUCAGCAACGUAUAACGACUAAUGAAGACAACAAGACUGAAUUACAUCUCUUUAUGCUACCUGGUAUUCCGAAUAGUGUUUAUGAUAUUUAUAACCUGGAAGUAUUAAAGUUAGAAUUUAUUAAAGAUGUCUCAAUUAGCGCAGCCAUCUCACAACAAACUUCGCUCCAAGAACUCUGGGUGUACAACUGUAUAAUAAAAGUGGAAAACCGAGCACUCGCAUUUUUGAAAGACACAAUAACAAUUUUAAGAGUCCGGUUUGCAAAUUCUUAUGAAAUACCACAGUGGAUGUAUUGUCUGAAAAAUCUGCGUGCAUUGUACCUUGAAGGAAAUUUGUUAAUUGACAACAAGUCUUCUAUUGUCCUGCAGUCACUGUGUGACUUAGAACGGCUUAAAUCUUUGCAUCUAAAAUCAAAUGUCACUAAAAUACCUGCAGCAGUCAUUGAUGUUGCUCAUCGUCUUCAGCACCUCACUAUCGACAAUCAGGGCAAAAGGUUCACCACUCUCAAUGGCGUCAGAAAGAUGUUUUGCCUGUCCGUUCUCAAACUGUACAGCUGUGACCUAGAGCGAAUCCCAAGUGCCAUAUUUAGCCUGAGCAAUCUUCAAGAAAUGGACCUGAAAGACAACAACCUGAGGACCUUGGAAGAGCUAGCUAGUUUCCAGCAUCUUCGCAAACUCACCACGCUGAAACUUCACUACAACAAAAUUUCACAGAUUCCUGUAUACAUUGUCAAAGCCAGCUCACUCGAAAUGCUCUAUUUAACUAAAAACAACAUUAGUUUUCUUCCGUCAAAUCUAUUUAAGCUCACUAGACUACGGCACCUAGAUGUUGGCCAUAAUAUUAUUACAAGCAUUCCCACUGAGAUAGAACAACUGGAAGAUCUUCACUACUUCAACAUUGAGAGUAACAAGGUGUCCGAAUUACCCUUAGAAUUGUUUUAUUGUACAAAGCUCAGGGUAUUAAUACUUUCACAUAAUCUAUUGACUUGCAUUCCACCCAAGGUGAAAAACCUGAUACAACUUCGCCAGCUAGACCUGAAAGGCAACAAACUGCAGUAUUUGCCACCUGAACUGGAAAAGUGCCAGUGUUUGAAGAGGGGUCAGUUGAACGUGGAAGAGGACAUUUUCAACACACUGCCAUAUGAUGUCAGAGAAGAAUUCAUAAACAGAGAGUCCAAGUGAAUUGCAAUAUAUGUAAAUUCUGUGGUUGAAUAAUCUACUUUCUAUGCAUUUUUAAUGUCUGGUGGUAUACUGUUCAAAUAUAUCUCUGCAUUUUUUAAAUAAUCACCGAAGAUGAUUUUCCAAACUACAACUUAUUUUUUCUUGGUUAUUUAACACAGUGAGAUAUCUCAAGAUUUUUAAAGCUUACAAAAAGGUGCCAGGCUUAGCAGUAGAAAAUGUAGGGGAGAACAAAAGGCCGAAGAAAGUACACUCCUUAUAAAAGCCGAGAAGUACCAAUAUAUGCAUUUAAGACACGGUGCCAAAGUGCUUGUCACAGAAUAGGGAGAAAGGAAUUCAAUGGUAGUACAAUUGAGGCUGUAAAAACUGAAGACCUGGUAAAGAUGAGGAAAGUGCAGAAAGAAAUGGAUGGAUUUAUAGGCGGCGACGUGAUAUUCAUUGGGGAUCGGUGGAAGUUGGCAAGCCAAUUAUGCAUGGAGAAGAAAGUCUUCGGGUAUAAAUUAAAGUUCCAGGUAAAAAAUAAUGUGAUAGUUUUAAUCUAACUAAUUAAUUUUUUUAUGAUUUCUAAUUCAGAAAGGCAGACAAUUCUCAGCAGUUGAAAAAUUGAAAAGGAUUCUAACCAUCAUCGCUCACUCUCAUAUAUAUACCCCUAAUCGACACCUUAUGCUCAAUUCUGUACUUUCAAUUGAAUUUUACCGAUUCAAAUUUACAAUUAAACAACUUAAUAUUUACAUCAAUGGAAGAUGGAAUACGGUUGGCAGAUCAUCUGCAUUAUGUUAUGACGUAUAUAAACAUCAAUAGGAUAACUUUUGCUUUGUUCUCCCUUCCUAUUUUUCUUUCCUUUUCGGUUUUCUCAAGGCUUUUGCUGGGUACAUUUCCACAAUUCUAACACUCUAGAGCAAUGACCAUGCUGUCCUAACAUAAGGAAGUGUAUCAUACUGGAGGGCCACAAUGGAAGACACUGCUCUCAUUUCUGAUACUGUUAUUUCUUUGUUUGGCGACAUUGAAAACAACUUUACCUUCUUAGUGUCCUGUUUACUGGAGUUGAGUCAUUCUCAGCAGUCAAGAAAUUGAAAAUGAUUCUAAUCACCAUAGCUCAGUCAAAUAUAUAUACCCCUAAUCGACAUCUUGACCAGGAAUGUACUUCCUUGCUGGCUUUAUCAGUUUCGAUAACUGGAUUUCCAUCCAAGUCUAUUGGGCUUGCAAAUCUUGCAAAUCUUUAAUGUAGUACCGGAAAGUGAGCUUUUGUUAAUGAACAUUGCUGCAUCUGAUUCCAGAAUUACUGAGACUUGCAUCUCAGAGUUGACGAGAAGGAGCGUAUAACUUCUGUGCAAUUAUUGAUCGUGUACAUCAUACAGCCACUUGCUAAUCCUGACUUGGAAUCCAGAGGAUCAAAGUGACUGUCUCUGAUACCAUGAAAAUCCAUGAGAUAUAUUAUGACAGCCAAAAGUUAGCAUUUAAAACCCAUGGUUAACCGCAUUACUCUGGUUCUGGAGUCACAUGUAGAUCAAGAAAGGACAUAUAUAAGAAUAUGCAGCUUCUUUUUAAAUGACCUAUUUUGACAUUUGACAGGGGUUCCAGCUCGCUAUUGAUCGGUUCCUCUGUAGAUCAUUUGUUAAAGUAUGAACAUAGAACCUGGAUUUUUAUAGUGAGUAAACAUUUCUUUAUAGAGUAAUGGGAAUGUUGCAGAUAAAGGGAAUUGACAGCUUGUUUUCUUCCUUCAUUGCAGCAUAUUACACUAUAUUGUACAACUAAUGGAAUAUUGUCCUUUAUUCCAUGAGCUUGAAUACAAGUGGUUUUAUAAAAUAGUUAUAUUUAGCCGUACAAAGCCUUUGGCUAAAACCCAUCUAGGGUAAUGCAUUCAAUGCUGUUCAGCACACAAAAGGCAUGAUAUUUGAAUCUCUGGAUUGUAGUGCAUACACACCAGAAUGAUACCAGAACUUACAUGAUCAAAUUCACAGGCAGGUUUGUAUUUGCUUAAUUAAAUGGUAAUCAAAUUGAGAUGUUUUAAACUAAGGGAGUUGAUGGAGAGAAAAUAUUUCCUUUGGUGGAUGAAUAAAAUAGGGGAACAGAACCUCAAAUUUAAUGUUGUUAAAAAAACUGCUUCAUUUUCUUAGGCUGUCCCUUAGAUUAGAGGAUGACUUGGUUCCACUCAGUUCUGUGGUACUGAGAUGGCCACUGAGGCCAGUGUGGAGCUGCAGAUCUUUCCACAGACAUGACAGGAGGUACUUGACACAGUGGGGUUGGCCUGGGGGAGGAUUGUAAGGUGCACAAACACCCCUGCUUUACACAAAAAGGUAAUAGAAAUUUGGAACAGUAGGUGGUCAGUUGAACACUUCAUUUGUUUUGAAAUUGACUUUUGUAGCAUCAAUGUGGAAAUAUGAUUUAAAAGGGAGAUCAAACAUUAUUUAAUUGCACAGCAGAACAGGUUUGGGAAAUUGAGUGCACCUCGUAUCUUCAGAAAGUCAAUAGUGACCAAUGGCCACUCAGCCACCAAGUGCUCACAAUCGAGAGCUCAUGUACGGUUACUCUAUCAGAAUACUAACUCUAUUAUGUCCUUCCUUCAUCAACAUUGAUGAGCCAUACGUUAUAUUUGUGCAAACGAUAUUGCUAAAUAUUUAUAUGAUCAAAAAAUGUAAUAAAAAACAUAUCUUACC